ACAACUUGAGAUGAGCUUGACGAGUUUUCAAGCAUUUGAAGUGUGGAGGGGAACCUCGGGUGGAGUUCACACACUGAUGUCUUCUAAAGGAGCAUCAUCACCGUUGGUGGGCGGGGCCGCAGCUGCAGAAGCACCGCACCCAUCUGCGUGUGUCCUUACUGACUUGCAUGUGUGUUUUCUGCACAAGUUUUUGUUCGCUGCUGUCAGACUGAGCUGGUUGUUGCAGAAAUGGCAGUUUACAGAACUCCUCCCCCCUUGAAAACGACACUGCAUCCAGACCUGGUGACCAAGCCUGUGGACGGCGUCAACAUGGAUGGGAGUACCUUUACAGCCUUGAUUGGAGGUGUCAUAGGGGUGAUGCUGCUCAUCCUCAUCUGUGUGAUUGCACUUGUGCUGUGGUGCCGGUCCAGACAUAAAGGCUCCUACUUCACCCAUGAGAUAGACAACCAGGAAGAUGACGAUGAUGAUGAUGACGAUGAUGAAGAUGAUGAUGACGAUGAUCAUGAUGAUGAUGACUCAGUUUGUUCUGAUACAGAACUCCAACACAAAGUUCCUCUUGAGGUUACAGUGCACGACUAACUCAAGAAGAUGUGAACUUUUUACAGGAAAAUAGUGAAUGCUAAGCAGGAGUUCAAGAUCUGGAUGCACUUUCUUGUUCUGGUUGUUGCUCUUCAAAUAUUACUACUCUUUGCAAAUUUGUAAAAAAAUUCCACUAAAAAGGCUUGUGAAAUAAGUCAAAAAGUUACAAAAAUGAACUAAACCUACUAAAAUGACGCAAGACCUCUUGUUUGGGGAAAAAAAUCAUGUGUAGCAAAAAACUGUCUAAUUUUGUAGGAUACAGUGGAUAUAAAAAUUGUUCACACCCAUAUCCCUAUGUCAGGUUUGUGGGAUGUCAAAAAUAUAAAUGUUCAGGUUUCAAACUUUUUUCCACUUUCUUCAUGUUAAUCGGAGAUGCUUUUUGAAUGGUGGCAUUAGUGUUCUGACACUUAUUUAACAUGAGUUUAUGUAUUAUGUAAUAUGAGUAAUAUGAGUUUAAAUGGUUCAUUGUGAACACACUCAUAUCCCCAGUUAUUCGACGCGCGCAUGCUUGUGCUACCACAUGAUCGCUGUUGUUUAUUUGCACUUCACCUCUUGUAAAUAUUUAAUUUUCUAUUGAGUUUUACUGUUUAUCGGUCACAUUAAA